AUGCCUCCAUUUAUCCUCGUCGGCGACAUCAACCGCGGCCUCUACAACUUCUUCGGCAUUAACAAGCUCCACUACGCAAGCCACGACGGUUUCGACGACUACUACGGUAUUGGCAACAUCUACAAUCACUACUUCGACUGCGCCUUUUACAUCCACUACCGCAGCGUCCACUGUCAUGACUAUCAGCAGUUCAAGCAGCUCCAGCAGCUCCAGCAGUUCAGGCAGUGUAUCGUCCACACCCUCGUACCCGGCAGCUCCGAACUACGCGGCUCUGGCCAUACCAGUAACUGGUCAACAAGCCAGCCACUGCCACUGGCUACAGGCGCUUACAACUAUCAAAAGGUGGCUCUGGCCGACAACCCAAAUGUUGUGUAUGAGGUCGAAUGCUGGAUGAAUUCCGGAAGCACCAGUAGUAGCGUCACUAGCAUUCAGAAUGUUUAUUCUCUCGAAAGCUGUAUGGACCUUUGUACUUCAUACGGAACGAGCGCCUGUCUUGUUGCAUACUGGGCCAGCCCUAACCUCUGCCAGCUUUAUAACGUGGUCAAUACCGGUGGCCAGCCUUCUGUGGCUGGCGGGCAGUCCCCGGCCAAGCUGAUCGGCCAAGGCGUUCGCACCGCAAGACUCCUUACAGGCCAACCACAGCCGAAUGUGGUGGACGCAACCUAUCUUCUUGCUCCCGGCUACGAUCUGGGGCUUUGCAACAACAACAAUUACCAAUUGGCCUUCAUCGGCGUGUACUACAACGGCUCUUCUGGUCAGGGUCCUCCCACGAUCAACACGGGUCGCGACAAUGUCUGGUACGUGUCUUGCGGUGCCUCAUUCUACAACUCGCAGUCAGGGACCCAACUUGUCCCAACCUAUUCCGUAUCAACCCCCGUGUUCGGCUUCACUUCACCCCCAGCGACGGCGGAUGACUGUGCGCGAGUCUGUCAAGCGUACCACACUGUCCACCUUGUGAAUUCGAGCGCCCCCGACUGCAACCUCUGGCAGUUUGUGCCUUCGGCUGUGGCAAGUAACAAAUGUCAGCUAUUUCCUUAUCUUUACGGCAUCGCCAAUAACCAAGUUCCGGGGACCACGACGGAUGCGAAUGGUCUCCCCAUUACCGCCGCCGCCAUCCUCCGGGGUAAUUCCGGCAUCGAAUUCUCGAACCAGGCACACUAUAAGAAGCGAUCUCUACCGGCGGCCAUGGACUAUCACCGACGCCAUCCAAGGGAUUCUCUCAUCGACGACGGAAGUAUCCCGGAUGUUAUCAUUAAGUACGACAAGGGGACUGGCAGCUGGGCAGAAGUGAUGUGA